AUGAUCAACUCUACUUAUGCAGGAAAAGUCAAAAAACCCGAUGUGUACGGUAUCCGAAAACGAAAAGCCAAACAAAUACAACACCAUGAUGACGACGAUGAUGAUUAUGAUUUCCCUACAACAACAACAACAACAACAACAACAACAACAAUGGAAGAUUGGAAUAUCAACUCGGAUACGAUAUCCGCAGCAGAGUACCUUACAGGGAUGAAGUGUAGUUUCGGAUUAUGUUUAUCGCAUCAAAUAUACAGCAUCUUAGAAAAUCACACCACUGUCGAUCGAGAGCUGCAAGAAGCGAUACAGGCGAAAACCUGGCGAAAGUUUCAUAUCAUGGGAUCAUUGGAAGAUGAGUAUCUACUUUCUAAAACAGAUACUUAUCUCUCUCAUGUGUGUGAACAAAGGAACGACGAUCCCAUUGUAUUUGGUAAACAGACAGCUUUUUUUUUUCAUAGGUUUGAAAAGGUGAUUGAAAAGUACAUAUCAACGUCCAUCAAGAAGGAAAUUUUAAGAUCAGAAUUCGAAUACAAUGAAAAACAAGUAUCGUUUCUUGUUUCAAGGGGAUUUUUAUUGCCUCAUAUGAACACACCCGAUCUCUAUUGGUUUUCAAUACCCCGACAAGGUAAAUUUAUGUCAAAUUUGUCCAAUGGUAGGACGGAAAUCCUAAGGAUCAUCAAGAAGCGGCCUACACGAGAUAUCAUGGAAAAGAUGUUGAAACAAAAAAAGUUGGUUAAAACGAAAUUCAUGAUGGAAUUCCUAAUGCAUGAUUUGAUUGGUAGUGGUAGAGUGGAAAAGUAA